AUGCACCAAACAAACCCUUUCAACAUCAAACAUCCUCGGUCAGACACGACUUCUCACAUCAUACACAUUCAAACAAAGCUACGCCCACAGCCAACUUCAAGCACAGUCAACUGCAAGACACAGUCAACUGCAAGACACAGUCAACUUCAAUCACAGUCAAGUUCAAGACACAGUCAACUCCAAGACACAUCCAACCCCAACCCUCAAGCACCGACAAUGUCGACUCACCCCUGCCCACUCUGCGAUCGCAAGCUCGCCAGCGUCGGGGGCGUCCAAGCUCACCUGAACGACAAACACCCAGCAUGCACCACCUGCCGCCAGCACUUCGCCAACGACUACAGGGCCAAGAAACACCAGAUGACUGAGGGACACUGCUACUGCAAGUCUCACGACGUCUUCUUCGCCACAUACGACCUCCACCAAGAACACAACCGCAACGUCUUCCACCACAGCGGCAUUGCCUGCGUCGCCUGCGAGACCAACUUUCCGUCUCAGCUGGCUCUGGAUGACCACUCCCAAGGCCACGGCCACGCCGCCGUGCAGAUCGCCCUCGGGCGUCGUGACAAAAAUGUCAUCAUCCCCAGUGUCGACGAAUGCCGCCAACUCCGCUGCGACGACUGCGUUCUCGACUCCAGCGCCCUGUUCGUCCUCAGGGGCCACAAGUUCAAGGUCAAACAUGACCCAUCCCGCCAUCUUGGUUGUCCUUUCUCGGAGCGAUGUGAUGGGCCAUUCAGCUCUCCUGCAGUGUUGCUGACACAUCUCGAAAGUGGCAAGUGCAAGACUGGCAUGAACUGUUUGGAGCUUGAUGGCCUCCUGAAAGCGAAUGGCCCAGAUCAACAUAUCGCACUUGCCAGCGAGGUGAACGUCGUCGCCACUGUCACGGCACAUCUCAAACAAGCCCAACACAAACACUCAGAGCUCAACAUCGCACAAUGUCAAUGCCGCUGCGCUGCCCACUUCGACGACUUCAGAGCCCUCCUGAACCACAUCCGCGCGUCGGAGCACAUGGUCAUCUGCUCCUGCUUCCUCACCUUCAAGGACAACGCCGCGUUCCUCUCGCAUCAGAGAUCAACGGGCCAUCUCAGGAACAUCAGCUCCUCUGCCGUCGUCAACCCUCACACUGUGACCUGUCGCUGCGGGUUGAAAGUCAGAGAUCCAGGAUGUCUGGAGCAGCAUCAUCGGGCUACUGGACAUCAGGGUACGGAGAAUGCUAAGAGUCCUGCGUUCUGUCCUGUCUGCAUGAAGACGAUGGCCAAUAGCAAGGCAGGCACGCUGGAGGCGCAUAUGAGGGAGAGACAUCCCGUCUGCUCUACCUGCCAUCAGGUCUUCCAAUACCAGAAAGACCUCGUCGCCCACCAGGAGGAAUCAGGUGGUCUGUGCGUUCAGGAGAAGACUUCUCAGCCUCAGCCAGUGGUCUUGAUGCGGCAAAGCAACCACGCAGACACACCAGAGGCUGCGGAAGAUGUUUUCGACCUCAACGGCGCCUCGGGCAUUUUGGCAGAGAAUGAGGGCCAGAGCAUCGAAUCCGCCUCGACUGCAGGGGCUUCGACUUCCAUCACGCAACCAACAAGCUGCGCUUCGUCCAUCACCAACUACAAUGAGAUCGAUGUCGAUGUCGAUGUCAACAAAGUGUCGAACAUCAUCGACAUCGCAAUUCCAAGAAGCCGCUCAAGCUCCAUGAGCAGCGACGACAGCGACGGCGGCGUGCUUCUCCCAGUCGAAGACGACGAAGUCUGGAGUACCAGAUCCUCGUCCGAGGCAGUCCAGGACCAAGCCCAGCAAAACGGCACGAUGAUUGCAGCGCCCACCACCACCACCUCCAGCAUAUCGCACUCCCCCAAACUCCCCCUCCUCCUCAAACGCCUCUCCACACUCAAACCCCUCGCCCCAAAACUCUCCACGAUGGGAUGCAAGGCCGGGAUUCCGUUUUGA